AUGCCUAAUUUCUAUGAUCGUCUUUCAUUCUCUGAAUAUAUUUACAGAAUCAAAUUAAAAACUAUAAUAAACAAUCAAAUAUACCAUGAGAAUAAUAAUAAUUUUAUAAAAGAUUUAUCAUUUCAUUCAUUAAUACCAUAUUCACAAUUACAUAAUUUUGAAUCAAUGACAUUUUCAUUGGAUUAUGAAAAUGAUAUGAAUAAGAAUGAUUAUCAUUGUAGUCAACAUGUUGUCAUGAACACUGAUACAUUGAAAUGUAUCAAUCAAUGUUUAUUAAUAACUGAUCAAAGUAAAUAUCAAUUCAUUUCUGGUAUCAAAUAUAGAGUUUAUUGGUAUCAACUUGCUAAAAGUGAAGAAUUUCUUAAAUGUCUAAUAGAAAUAAUACCCACUGGUUAUGGUGAUCCAUAUUUUCAAGAAAUUGCUAUGAUAGUAUUGACAAAUAUAUGUAUACUUGCUGGAUAUAAAACGAAAUAUUCAAAAUUCGAUGACUGUCAAUCUGCCUUACAAAAUUUGAUUCAUAUCACCGCUGGUCCACUUGUCAUCUUUUCAAGUUCAUCGAAUCUAGGCCAAAUUACAAUUUGGUCAACUCAAGCUUUAACUGGACUAUUGAAAGCAACAUUUAUUUAUUAUCCAAAUUUAUGCGUGAAUUAUGAACAAAAUGUUUGGAUGGAAAGAUUGUUGUUGUUUUCUCAUGUUAUUCAUGUUCUUCAUCGAUUACUACCCAAGGUCUUCCUAGUUGAAUCAUCUAAUUUCGGCACAUAUGAAUUAUUGAAACAGUUAAGCAAACACAUUACUGAUGCUGACGACUCUCUCAAUUUGGACAUUUUAUCAUCACAUUUGAAUCUUUUAACAAUAAUUCUAAUGAGAUUGCCAUCAGUACAAGUGCUGUUAUCCUCAACAACAACAUCAUCAUCGGAUGAUAAAAUUAGAAUACAAGAAGUGGACAAAUUUCUUGCCAUAAUACAAUAUGGAUUCAUGAAUUUAUGUUUGGCUGUCGGGAAAGUUUGGUUGUGUCCUGCAUGCACAAAUAAUUUAAUAGAUCAAAGUGUUUUCGAUGUUCUUAAUCAAGAUCAACAAAUGACUGAUGAUCCAUAUUUAAAAAUAAAAAAAUGUUCAUUGAAUUCUUCUGAUAAUUUAUUAUUAUUUCUUUAUGAUUUAUUAAAAUUAUUAUUUAAUUUAAUUAAAAUUUCUUAUUUAAAAAUUUAUUUAAAUAAAAUUCAUUUAAAUCUUAUUCAAUGUUUAUUAUAUUUAGGUAAAUGUUUAUAUUAUUGUUAUUCAAAUUUAAAUUAUCCAUCAUUGAUAUCACAAUGUAUAUUUUAUAUCAUACGUAUUAUUGGUUGUAUAUGUUAUGAUCAUCUGGAUCGUGAUCAUAAUAGAAUUGAGAUCAGAUCAUCUUUUAUUAAUUCUGUUAUAUUAUCUAAUCAAUUAUUGAAUAAUUUUUUAUUACUUAUUCAUUGGUAUUAUCAAUCUAGAUGUUCAUGGUCUAUAUGCGGUAUUGAAUUAUGUUGGUGUUUAACUAAUUUUAUACAAUAUUUCAAUAUAUCAUUAUUUCAACAACAACAACAAUCUAAUCAUCAAAUGUUAAAUCAUUUUAUUGAUUAUUUUCUAUUUAAAGUAUUCACUUUAGAAUUAGGUACUAAGGAAGUAAUGCGUUUAUUAUAUAUUAAUAUGAAUAUUAUGAAUAAUAAUAAUAAUGGUAUAUGUGAUCCUAAUAAAGAUCAUUUCUAUUGGAUCAAGAUCUUAAACUCAUUAAAUGAUCAUUUAAAAUCUCAAUUGAUUUAUUGGAAAUAUUUAAAACAAAAUUUACCAAUGUGUUAUAUUGAAACAUUUAUAGGUUUGUUUAAAUUCUUGUCACUUAUAAAUAUGAAUAAUAAUAAAGUAUUGCAUGAAUAUAUUGAGAAUAAUUGUCCUAUAUUAUAUAAACUAUCAACUAUAUGUAAUGAAACAUUGACAAGAAUGUCAUCAUCAUUAUGUUCAAUAUCAUUGGAAUUAAUGACAAUGGAAGAAAUUAGAGAAAUUUUAUAUUCAAUGAAUUCUAGCACAGAUAUUAUAUCAUAUAUCAUGUCAGUUCUUGAAUAUAUAUGAGAUUGUUUGUGUUUUGUUUACUUGUACAAUAGUUAAUUUUGUGUAUAAAUAUAAAUGUAUACAAGUA